GAGCAAAGCGGAUUAAAGUCCCGCAGAGAUGGCAGGGGAGGCUGAGGACGAGAUACCGGACUCGGGGGCAGUUUUCACUUUUGGAAAGAGCAAGUUUGCCGACAACGUUCCCAGUAAGUUCUGGCUCAAGAACGACGUUCCACUGAAGAUAGCAUGCGGCGACGAACACACGGCCUUAUUAACGGAAAACGGGAAACUCUUCAUGUUUGGCAGCAACAACUGGGGUCAGCUGGGUCUGGGCUCCAAGCUGACAGUGAACAAACCCACCUGUGUCAAAGCUCUGAAGUCGGAGAAGGUUCAGCUGGUGGCCUGUGGACGGAACCACACGCUCGUCUGCACAGCUCAGGGAAAAGUUUACGCCUCAGGAGGGAACAGCGAAGGUCAGCUGGGGCUCGGAGACUGCGACGAGCGGACGGCGUUCCACAGAGUCGACUUCUUCAACGCACACGGGCCGAUCAGGAUGCUCGCCGCCGGGUCCAACACCUCCGCCGCUCUCACAGCGAGCGGGCGGCUGUUCAUGUGGGGCGACAACACCGAGGGUCAGAUCGGUCUGGGGAAGGAGAGUCAGGCGUCCUCGCCGCAGGAGGUCAGCGUGGGACGGCCGGUCAGCUGGGUGUCCUGUGGAUAUUAUCACUCUGCUCUGGUCACAGUGGACGGAGCUCUGUUCACCUUCGGGGAGCGGGACAGCGGGAAGCUGGGCCUGGGCACCGACCAGCUGCCGGGACACCGAGUCCCUCAGCUGGUGAAGAGCAUCAAGGAGCGCGUGAAGCAGGUGGAGUGUGGAGGCGGCCACACGGUGGCGCUGACGGAGGACGACGUCUACACCUUCGGCCUCGGUCAGUUCGGACAGCUCGGUCACGGCACGUUUAUCUUCGAGUCUCGGCUGCCGCGACCCGUCGAGCAUUUCAAGAAGGGACGAGUCUGUCAGGUGGCCUGUGGAGAAAACCACACCGCCGUCAUCACAGACGGAGGCUUGUUGUACACGUUUGGAGACGGACGUCACGGAAAGCUGUGUCUGGGAGAAGAAAACUUCACCAACCAGUUUAAACCGACGCUGUGUCCGCGGUUCCUCAAGUACAGCGUCAGAGCCGCGGCCUGCGGCGGCUGCCACAUGGUGGUGCUGGCUCGGCCGAGGGACGGCAGCUGCAGUGACGUGACGCUGGAGGACGAUGACGUGACGGAGGACUACCUGGAGAAGUCCUACGUGGAGCUGCUGGGGGACUCGCUGGACUCCUCCACCCUGCAGAGGAGCCUCUCCGCCCGGGUUCGCCGGAGGGAGCGGGAGCGAUCCCCGGACCAGUUUGGCGCCUUGUUCCGGACGCUGCCCGCCAUGACACCCGGCUACCUCCAGCCACUGCCGGUCUGCAGCCAGACCGCCCCGCCGAGGCUGCCUCCGGCCGAGCUGGGCCACAGGAAGGUGCUGAACGGCACUCACCAGCACGGGAGCUCCGGGUCGCCGCUCCAGGAGCAGGCGGCGGCCGACUCCGACAGCGCCGCGGAGAGUCCGACGGACACCGACAGCGUUAGAGGCCUCGGGGAAACCACGGACUUCCUCAACAUGACUCACGUGAUGAAGAUGGACCCCGGCGAUAAAACCCUCACUCUGUCUCCGGUUCAGAAGAGGAAGGGUAAGAAUGGCAAGGCUGUCAAAGAGCAGAGAAAGGACAGGAAGCCGUCAGAGCAGAGCAGUUUCUCUUCCGCUUCACCGUCUCGUAAGAGUGAAGCCGCCUCGCCUCGCCGGGCGUUGCCCACCGAGCUCCUGAGGGGCCACGGCACUCGGUCUCCGGCCUCCCAGAGCUCGCAGAGGCAGAAGAAAACCAAGCAGGACAAAGCGAAUCUGAUCCUGGCGGUGGAGGAGCUGGGCAGGAGGUCCGAUAAAAACAGGCCUCCGAGCGUCGGGGACAUCAGCAAGGCAGCGACCAAACAGCGCCAUCGGCCGGUUCCGGGUAAGAGCCAGAUGAUCGGCGUCGGCAGGAAGCAAAGUCCAGACGCCAGAAAGACAGUUUUAGGUGGCAGCUCUGAAUCUGUAGCUGCAAAAGUCAAAGAGAAGGAGUCCAAACCGGUGAGGUUUAAAGGGAAGCCGGUGGCGGUCCAAAGCAAACGCCAGGAUGUUCACCUGAGCGACCAGCAGAGCACCGGAAGCUCUCAAGACCAGAAACCCAAAGCCAGCACAGACUCAUCCAAAAAGUCCAAGAAUGAGAAAAACCGGAAAGAAGCUCAGACCAGGAAGGAGUCGCCGGAUCUCGGUGCGCUCACCACCGCUGCCGCCGGCGUCGCCUCGCUCGCAGCCGGGUCGGUCCUGAUCCGAGAAACGGUGAGUCGCUUCAGCACGCCGUCGCCCUCCGACAGCAGCCUCCUCAAGCACAAGUCGAGGAGCGAAGAGUCAGAAUCCUUCGCUCUGAGCAACAAGUCGGCCGUCAGCAUCAACAUCAUACCGGCACCCGAGAGUCCCGCAGAGAGUCGGGACGAGGAGGAGACGAGUCGGAGCAAACGGCAAGAG